UCAAUGCAACAUUAAAUAACUCCACAUCCAGUGCGAGAGCACACACCGAAACACAGAGAGCUAAUUUUGGAGCCGUGCAGCAUUCAAACCACCACCUGCUCAUGCCUCUCACUGAGCUCUAUGCUCGGAUGGUGUAGGGGUUGUGGGCACAGACUGCAGAAGCAGCCAGUGGGUCUGUUUGGAGGAGCACUCCGUGUGCCGGGGAGAAUGUCAGGGAGCAACAAACGACAGGACCUGGUGCUCAUUAAAGAACUGGAGCUCAUCUUGGAUUCCUGCGCGCUAGAGCUUACACCAGUGGAUGAAGUCUGGCCCAACCUGUACAUAGGAAAUGUAGCUGUAGCGCAGAACAGGAAGACAUUACACAAGCUGAGCAUCACCCAUGUCCUGAACGCAGCACACUCCAAGCAGGGCAGCAUCGGAGACCAGAGUUUUUACGGGACCACCUGCGUUUACUUGGGCAUCCCAGCGGAGGAUUCAGACCACUUUGACCUCAGUCAAUACUUUAAAUCUGCAGCUGACUUCAUACAUAAAGCUUUAAAGAACAAAGAUGGAAAAGUGUUGGUCCACUGCAUCAUGGGCGUGAGUCGGUCGGCCUCUUUGGUCCUGGCAUACUUGAUGCUGCGGCAGCGUCUCUCCCUGAGAGACGCUCUGAGGCACAUCAUUCAAAAACGAGCCAUUUACCCCAACAGGAACUUCCUGUCCCUCCUCCUCAAGCUGGAUGAUCAUCUGACACGAAGGAGGAGGUUGUGUCCUCUCCUCUGACAUCUUUCUUCUCUCUUUCUGGUCCUUCAUUACAUUUACCGUUCUUCAUAUGAAACCCUCUCCACCCCUGUCUAAUCAGCGAUGUAUUUUAAACUUUAUAACUUGUCUCGCAAUGCGGUUAGAUGUGUGAGUGUGUGCGGUGACAUUUGAAUUCCCAUUUGUAUUUCUUUCCUUGCACAAAUAAUGUGUGGGCACAGCAGCACCAGCAGCAGCUCCUGUUCUAAUGUUGUAUUAUUGUAAAUAUCCACGUACUGCCAUGUGUUGUUUUACAUAUUCAAAGUACAUUCAAAUAUAAUCUAUCAGUGUUCCCAGUCACGUUCACAGUCUUUGUAAAUACCUUAUGAUUAUGUUCUUAUGUUCAUUAAAACCACUUCAUUGUA